AUGGUUGAACCUAUUCUUUCUCAAGGCUACGGCUACGGCUUUGCCCUUGGGCUUGGCGCAGCCUUCGCAAUACUGAUGGUCUCCAUCUCUAAGUCCCUUUCUGUCUACAUGGGUCAGGUGCAAAAUUCUGAGAGAUUUUCUACAGCUUCCCGUAGUGUCAAGUCUGGUCUUAUAGCCUCUUCCACUGUAUCAGCAUGGACUUGGCCUGCAACCCUUCUCUCAUCAGGAAGCUGGUCCUACUCACAUGGAAUUAUGGGAGGAUGGGUUUAUGGUGUUAGUGGUGCCAUACAAAUUACUCUGUUUCUGUUUCUGGCUAUUCAGAUCAAAAGAUACGCUCCAAGCAUCCACACCGUUUCCGAAUGCUUCUAUAUCAGGUUCGGAAAAGUUGGUCAUUGGUGCUUCUUAUUUUAUUGUGUUGCAACCAAUGUGUUAAUCUCGUCGCUGCUGUUGUUAGGUGGUUCUCAAGGAUUCGCAGCUGCUACUGGUAUGCAUGUUGUUGCGGCCUCUUUCUUGCUGCCUCUUAAUGUGGUGAUAUACACUGCUUUGGGUGGUUUGAAAGCAACUUUUAUUUCCGACUGGAUCCACACGGUAAUUAUUUACAUCAUCCUAUUGGUAUCCUGUUACACCAUCUAUUGCUCGUCAAGUCUAAUCGGAUCUCCAGGAAAAAUGUACGAUCUGCUGAUCGAAGCUCAAGAUGUUUUUCCAUCUGCAAGUGGAAAGAGCUACGUCAACUUCCACGAUAAGUCUAUGAUCAUGCUCACGUGGAGUGUUUGUAUUGGUGGUCUUUCUUCUGUAUUUGGUGACCCAGGAUACUCUCAGAGGGCCAUUGCUUCCGACUCAUCGUCUGUUUUUUGGGGUUACUUGAUGGGAGGUAUCUGCUGGUGGAUCAUUCCAUUUGCACUUGGAUCUUCCGGUGGUUUAGCCUGCAGAGCUCUGCUCACAAACCCUGCUUCUGUGACUUAUCCAAACGCUCUUAGCGAUGCCGAAGUUGAUGCUGGAAUGCCUGUGGUGUAUGGUCUGUAUGCAAUUUUUGGAUCACCUGGUGCAGCCAUGGCCCUGGUAAUGCUUUUUAUGUCUGUCACUUCGGCCACUUCAGCUGAAUUGAUUGCAUUUUCAUCAGUUUCAACUUACGACAUUUACAGAACAUACAUUAACCCUCAAGCAACCGGCAAACAACUUGUGAGGGCUUCCCACAUUGCAGUGGUCUCUUUUGGCCUGGGUAUGGGUGUGCUAUCUGUGGUCUUCAACUACAUUGGUGUAACCACUGGUUGGAUGCUAAGUUUUAUUGGCAUUAUUUUAACUCCAGAGGUCUCAGCAGUUUCUUUAAUGCUAUUCUGGCCAAAGAUGACAAAGCUGGGUUUAAUCAUCGGCGCUCCCCUUGGUACUCUCACAGGAAUAGCUUGUUGGAUAGGUGCUACCUAUGUCUAUGCGGACCACGUCAUCAACAAAGACACUGUGAUGACCACCGCCGCAACUUUGAUUGGAAACUUGGUAGCUUUUGGAGCCGGCACAAUCUACAUGGUGGUGAUCUCCUAUUUAAAACCAGACCCAGAACCCUUCGACUUGAGUGCCCUCGGACGUGGAGUCCAGGCUGGUGAUGAUGUUGAUAAGGAAGAGAUGGAGCACAUGGAUAUCAGCGAUAAACAAAAGAAAACGCUGACAACUCAAUCUUAUGCCUCGCUUAUUAUCAACGUCGUUAUAGUGUUAGGUAUCUAUAUUUUGCAGGUUGUGGCUAUGUAUGGUGUUGAGGAUGAGCUCAGCAAGAAGUCAUUCACCGGCUUUAUUGUGGUCAUGCUCAUUUGGUUGUUAUUGGCUGCCCUCUAUAUUAUCCUUUUCCCAUUGUGGCAGGGCCGCAAGUCGCUUAUGUUCGUCUUCCCUAGACUUCUGAGACUGAAGAAAGGUGGUUCCGUUCUCGUCACUGAGCCAGCAGAGAGUCAAUCAAGCAUAGACAUCGAAGCACCCAAGGGCCCUGAGGUAAAGACUGAAGUCGCCAGUCUCUAG